AUGGAUAGCGCCGAGGCCGACACGUCGCGCUCACAGCCUGACGCUACUCCGGCGCCACUACCAACAGGGACGACUUCCGACCCCCACCCGCCAGAUCAUAUGGACGCCUCUUUAUUUGACGUUCCCGCGACGGCCUUCCUCCCAGAGCGACGCGACUCCCUUCCAUCUUCCGACACAGAGGGACGAACCCGCAAACAUCGUUCACCUAAGAAGCGCAAGAGGAGGCGCCGUACGAUCUCGGAACGAGACGGAUCACCUCCCCCUGAUCCUCCAGAGGCCGUCCGACCCGACGAGGCCUCGGAGAACCUGCACGACGACACGAAUGACGACAACAUGACGUCGACUGUGGCUGUGUCGGUGACUACUCUACUGGCUCGCCCAGGUCCUCCUGAACCAAUGGACUCCAGCAUUGCGACUACCGCCGAGACGUCCUCCACCCCUACGACCGAAGUGGAACGUACAACCAUCACAACGACAGCACCUGCAAUGGCGUGGAGUGAGGACGUCGAUGAAGACCCGCAGAGUUACCCCAGACGGAAGCAUCGUUAG